AUGGACCUUAAAGUCAUUACUUUUUUAAUGGCCUUCGUGGCCAGCGCGGUGGCUAAGGACUAUUACAAAGUGGAACUCUAUGAAGUCCAACCGCUUUACUCAACCACCCCAGCUAAAGUACUGACCAAGGUGGGCUGCGGGGACGGGGAUAGAGCAACGUUAACUUACACUGUUGGCCGGCUCGGGAAUCGUGCUUCAAAGACUAUUACCAUCAGAUGUCGAGGAAAAAACCCCCGCAUUAUUGAUGGUGGACCACUACCCUCCAAUUACAAAUUAAGAGCGGACCCCAUAUCGGCUGAUGAUGAGCUAGCCCUGACGGCUGCUAAAGAGACGUCAGACUACCGGUCCUAUGAAGCUCUGCAACUUAUGAACAAGUUUAUGGACGUAACGGAUCAUCCUGAGAAGUGGCGGAAGGAGACAAAAUGUAGUAAAAUUGCCCUAAGAACCGCCAAAUAG